GUGGCGCUGUCGUUAAAGGCACCUCGUCGCCUGCCCGCCUUCUCCCUCCCUCCUCUGUCUCUCCCUUCCUCCCUCCCUUUGUGUCAACGCUACUGAGCGCAGGAGGCCGGAGCGGAGCGAGCGCUUCUGGUGGCGGAUCCGGAGACCCCGGAGGAGCCGCACCUCCUCGCUGGCUGGCUGGCUGGCAGCGCGGGGAGCGUCAGCGAUGCAAGUGACGAGGCGAUGCUCGCGGUGAGUUUCUUUUCCCGCGGGGGAGGGAGGGAGCGGGAGGGAGAUGGACUUUCCCUGCCUCUCCCACUCCUUUGCGGCGGGGGGUCGGCCUCUCCCCCGCCCCAAAUAGAACCUGGGAAAUCACUUGUGGAGGGAAUUCGCCUCGGGCCAACCUCACACCUGGAGUUUGCAGGCGCCGGCGGGAAAAAGUGCUCCGUCCAUGCGAGGCUCGGAGCGCCAGCCCGGCUCUGUCUGAGCCUCAUCCGGCGGCAGGGAAAGGCUGCGGAGAGAAAGCUACUUAGGAUCGAGGAGCCGCGCAGCCGGAUCCUGAGCCACACUGCUUUCAAAGUGUGUGGGGGGGUCGUUAGUGUCGUCCACGCGCUUUACCCGGGAGCAAGCCCAGCACACACAUUGGGAUUUCUCAGUAAGCAGUCAAGAGAUGGUGGAUCUCGACGACUGGGGCGAUCAGGUCAUGCCUACACCAGGAUCCCUUUAUACUGAGUGACCAGAUCGUCGUUGCAAAAGGAUCUCUUUAUAACCAGCGAUCUCCAGUGCCUGCCUGAGUCCAGCAACCGGCACCUGCUGUAACAAUAAGGAGCAGCGAUCUUUUGUUAUCAGUAACUGAGAUUACCCCCCCUCCCCUUCCAAAGCACAUGGAGGAAUUUUCUUUUUUGUAUUGUGGGGAAGGCAACGGGGAUGAGAGCAGCCAGCUUGCUGCGGAGAAUGAAGCAACCACAUCCCAUUGGUUCUCACCUGUCCGUUUUUAUCCUCGCAACAACCCUGAGAGGUAGGCUCGGCUGAGAGAGGCAGGGAGUGCCCACCCAACGAGCUUCGUGGCUGAACGCACGAGUGUGAAACCCGAAGUCCUGGUCUGGCCCUCUAACCACUAUGCCACACUGCCUCGCUUUCAAACGAUUUCCUUGGAAGCUGCCCGUGUACAUUACCCUGGAAUGUCAUUCUCAAGGCUUUUGCUAUCCUUAAAUCCAGUUUUCCUGGGAAUAAAAUCUAGGCUCCGGAGCAUCAGGCUGCGAUCUUUGAAUUUUCAGAGCGUGGUGAUCCCACAGUCCGCUCCUAAAAUACCCCUCCUUGCAAGGAUCUCAAGGAUUUCAGUGGGCUUCCAUACUUCUAAGCAAAGCCGGAGGCGGGGGGUGGGUGGGGGGAGGUUGGUUCCGUAACACCCUCGGUCGAUUGGCAGGUAAAAUCCUAGCAUGUAAUAUAUACUUGGGAGACACUGAGACUCUUAAUCUUAGGGUCGUGAGUUCGAGCCGCACGUUGGGCGACAGAUUCCUGUAUCGCAGGGGUUGGACUAGAUGACCCUCGUGGUCCCUUCCAACUCUACAGUUCUGGGAUUCUAAGAGUUUUCUGAGAUAUCUUUCUUCCAAGUAAAGCGUGCCCAUUUCCGCGGUUUCACCAAACUGGGAGGGAAACUGGUUUUGCCCGCACUUGACGCUGGAAGGAAGGAAGCCAGGAGCUAACUGAGCUUCGCGGAGUAAGUUGCGUCUGAUGUGUCCUUCUCAAUUUCAGGGCAGCUAAUCUGCAAUGUCGGACCCUACCUUAAAAAAGAAAGUGCGGGGAGCCCCACCCCCAGUCUUCCUGACAGCCGUAAUAACCCGCGUUUUUAGGAAAGCAAAGAGCUUGAAAAACACAUGAAAGGGCUCUGUCUUCCUUGCUGGAAAGCAAGAGGUUAAACUUUGUUUCGGAGGGACGAGCGUGCUGGUUUCCUGAGAUAAAUGGGCAGGAAGCAAAUUGCUUCCCCUGCUCUCUGGCCAGCGGCUCCCAAAUGCUUUUUGCACCUGCUACUCUGCAUUUUUGCAGUUCGGCGCUGCAAAAAAAAAAAAAAAAAACCUCCCCCCGCGCGAUCGCAUCACUUCCUUCCAGCCUGGCUCAAGCAGAAAGCCCCUUUCCCCCGGCCCCGGGAAGAGGGACCGUCUCGCCGCUACCUUGAUUUUUUAUUUAUUUAUUUACGAUUGCUGUUGUUGUUUUCGCUGCUGAUCAGGUCCUGAACUACCCGGCGUCCCAUCCUCGGAGAUGCAGGUUUGACGACGCCCUCGGUUCGCUCGGCGCCGCAAGGGUUAAAGAUGAUGUAAGUAGCCAAGUAUUUUUUUUUUCUUCUUCUUCUUCCCCCGAAGCGGAUUUAUUAAGCGCUCCGUGGUGGGUGCGCGCGCGGGCGCGUUUGUGCCCAGACUUCCCCAGAUGGCCGGAGGAGAGAAGCGAUGGAGGGAGCUGGAAUGGGACCCCGGGAGUUCUGGGUUCGAGUUUUACAACUAACCCCCUGGCGGACUGAAUCUGUCCACACACAGACCCCAUCCACCAAGUUUCCAGGAUUAAGAAUGGUGUGCUGGCAAAAACAGUUCUGCAAACGGAAAUCGCAUCCACAGGGGGGCAGUUCAAGCAGCUCACGUCCCUUCUGGGGACUAGUGCUGUUUGAAGGAGAAGCCACAGUUUCUUUCACUAACGUUCCUAGCAUAUGCUUGACACAUGGCCAGCUACACGAUCCUUCAGUUUCACUUUCCCCUUACCUCGGGUUUUCUGUUUACAUGCUGAUGCCUCCUUCCUGGACAGUAACUGCUGGAUCCUAAGUGUGAAGGAAAGCUGACUGGAUCCCCAGUUAGGUGUUCAUUCAUAUAGGGUCUCCCAGCCUAGCUGGGCAAACCAGGCAGGUGUCAGUGGCUGCGAGCCACUUUCAGGUGGAAAGAUUUCACCCCUAGAUACUUUAUCUAAAACCGUCUGCUUUCAAGGGAAUCUGUUCCCAAGGAAAAGUGCUCAAAACUGGGACCUUAAUGCCUCUUUACUUGUAAGUACAUCUGAGGGGUACUUGCCAAUAAACUUGCAAAUAAACAAGAUUAUGGUACUCACGGCUCUUGCCGUUUGACUUCCAUCAAGUAAGGCGGUUAAGGAUGAGAGGUAAAAAAACCGAGUGUUCUUGUUACAGUUUAAUGGAUUUAGGAGGAGUCUGAAGUGCUCUGGUGCUUUGUGUGGAUUUAAGCUAAAACCGUGUGUGGAUCUGUCUUGUUGAUGGCAGCAGUGGCCAUCGGGGGGGGGGCUGGCACGCGUCCCGGGGACGUGGUGUGCCUCCCGCAGGGGCGUGACGCACGUCCUGGGGGCAUGGCAUGCUGCCUGCGGGGGCGUGGUACCCAGCAUGGGCGGGGGGGGGGCAGCCAUGAUGGCACCUCACCGGGAUCGUGCUGCUGGGGGUGGUGCGCUCCCCCCACACUCCUCUUCCUCCGCCAGUGGAUGGCAGCGUUUUCUUGCUUUCUCAAAGUCCCGGCAAGGGAUGGAGUCGCCCUCAAACGGAGGCCAACUCCUAUCAUCCCUCACCAUUGGCCAUGUUGGUUGAGGCUGAUGGGAGCUGGAGUCCAGUAAUAUCUGGAAGGCCGCAGGUUCCACAUCCCUGUCUUAAAACACACACACAUUCUUCUGAGUAGCCGUAUUUAGGCUUGAAACUAUGUCACACUGAAUUAAGUAGGGCCAACUAGUGAGUUAGCAAUCAAGGUGACCGUGGCAUUUCCUUCAAAAGGCUCCUGCCAUAGGAACAUGGUCAGUGGAUGACAGACAACAUCUACUAUUGCAGCUGGUAACAUGUGGAACACAUGUGGUCCAAACUUAAGGGGGUCCUCCGUCAGCAUAAGGAGAAACUGAACUGCUCAGUGGUUUAUUUCCAGUUGAUGGUUUUGUUGGAACUUUGCAAACACAUGCCAGCACUUCAAACACCAAACUUUUUGGUCACAACAGAUCUAAAUAAGACUUCAUUAGUGGACAUCUUUUUUUUUUUAAGUGGGGGGAGUAACCGUUCUAAUUCAGGGGUAUUAUGUCGGCAUCAGCAUAUUUAAUAAAUAAAUAAAGAGAAUGUAUAUGUAGCACAUCUCUUAACAGUGGCAUUUAUAUCAUUGCAAAAGAUGCAACUGAAAAGCAUCAUUUCCCAGCCUCUCUACAACUGAACAAUCAAGCCCCCUUUGGUGAAAUGUAGCUUCUUUUAAUGAAAGCUGUAACAUUUCAUGACCUGUGUGUUUACAAUAACUCAAGAGCGCCCUCUACAGUGUGAAGGGCUGCCAUGCAGUAGAACGAGAGCAGAGAGAGCCUUUUCCUCCAGCGUUUCUUUUUUUUAAAAAAGUAAUUUUCUGCAUUCAGUGAUGGUCUUCCUGUAAUCUAUGCUGAAGAGUCAACUGCCCUGAAAAAAAACCACUUGCAUUUUAUAUACUUAUAUAAGCUGACAUAUUGAUUUUUUUCCAACUUCAAUUCAUUUUCUCUAUAUACCCUGAAUCUAGUACAGGUUACAGCCGUUAACAGAGCUUUAAAGAGGGCAGGGCCCCAACUCUUCCAGUGGUCAUACUUCAGAAAUGCAUAAUUGUCUUAAUGCAGGUGGAGGUGUAGCACAAGUCGUGACUGGUGUCUCUUUAUUGUUUAAAAAAAUUACCAGAGACAAAUGGUUUGUGAAUCUCUGGCAAAACAGAUAUUUUACUAUUUAGGCAAAGUGCACUCCUAUGCAUAUUUAUUCAGAAGUAUGUCACUGAAUUUAAAAGGAGUGAGUCAAAAGUAGAUGUGUAUAUAACUGCAGACUCAGUUCUACUGAAGUCUGUGGGACUUGGAAUGAAACAGAUGGGCUGUAAACUAGCUAAAAUCACACAGUGGUUUUAUAAGAUUUUAUGGUGAUACUAGAAAUUUGUACACCUUAAGUGGUUUACUUUGCCUCACAAAUGUAUCCAAUGAAUGCGAUGACUUUGUUGAGAAGCACUUGGUUUUGAGGCAGUAAUUAAAUACACUCUAUUUAGUACAGUUUGGUACAUAUUUACUCAGGAAGGAAGUCCUGGGUUCAAUUGAGCUUACUUCCACAUAAGUGGUAAAGAACUGAAACAACAGGUUCUCUGUGGGAGUUCAUGCAUCUCAAAAGCCACUUUUGCUAGUCAUUAUAACUUGAUGGAUGUGCAGUGUGUACUGUCCUCAAAACUAGAUUAGGGAUCUGGAACUUGUGGUCCACUAGAUGUUGUCAGACUGCAGUUACCAACAGACCCAGUCAGCAGAGAAAAUGGCCCGGUUGUGGAGGUUCCCCAUCCCCGCUUCAGAUCUUGCUAGACCACCAGCUGUUAUAUAAACCAACUGAGUGUUGACUGCUGGCCCAUGUUUGUGUGAACAGAGAUGGCUGGUGCCCAUUGAGGUUGGAAGGGCAGAAUGCAGGGAUCCCAAACAGUAGGUGGCGCUUGAGCCAGUACCAGACAGAGUCAACUAAUUUUAGUUUCCCCAUCAUCCUCUUUCCUGCUAAAUUAUACAAGGGCAACUCUGGGACUAAGGAAGAAGUUGAUGGGUUCUCCCACUACUCACUGCACUAGUCGUAAGAAAUAAGGCGGGCAGGUGGGGGCUGGUUGGCAAGGCACUGCCCCACUUGCCCCAAUGAACCAGCCACCACUGUUCACGACUCUCUGCCUGUACAGUGGUGCCUCGGGUUACAUACGCUUCAGGUUACACACAGUUCAGGUUACAGACUCUGCUAACCCAGAAAUAGUACCUUGGGUUAAGAACUUUGCUUCAGGAUGAGAACAGAAAUCACGCGGCGGCAGCGGGAGGCCCCAUUAGCUAAAGUGGUGCUUCAGGUUAAGAACAGUUUCAGGUUAAGAACGGACCUCCGGAACAAAUUAAGUUCUUAACCAGAGGUACCACUGUAUAGGUAGGUUUGCAUUCUCUUAUUGUCAUGGAUAUAAUCCAUGGGGGGGGGGGUUGGGUGACUUCAUCUGAUCAACUUGUGCAGUUCAGACUUUUGCCAAAGGCACAGGAGCAGCAUUGGUUAAAACAAUUGCAAAAUAAACUGCCUGGAUUGCUUGCUUGAAAUGUGUGACUAUACUGUUGUUUAUAAGUGAAACCUGAAACACUCCCUCAAAUCAUUCCAAAGGCUUUAGAAUGAUGGUGGUAUUUCAAGUUAGUUUUUGUGACCUUGGUGGGACUUCCAAAUACAUAUUUUGGGGGUUGAGGGCACCUGUUUAACAAGGCCCUUGUGCCCUUGCUAGAGAGUCACUCCCCUUGAACUCAGUGGGGGGUACAGGGAUGCUGUGGCUGCAACUAAUAGCAAGUUCUUGCCUAAAUGACUUCAGGAUUAGGUUAAAGUAGGAUCGUCAACAUUUCCUCUGGCUCAAUUCCAGGCCUCUCAUUUUUGCAUAACAAUUCUUCCAAGAAACAGCCUCUAUCCAGGUUGGAGGAAAGAGGGUUAAUUUUUUUUUAAAAAAGGAGCCCUUCUGACUGCCCCAAGGAGAUAUGCGUGCGAGCUGAUGAAAAGGAAAGUGUAUUCAAGUGUUAAAGCAAUUCGUGAAGAUUAGAUUCCACUUCACACUUACAGAUAAGGAAACUGGAUGCUGUUAGACACCACCACCCCCCUCGCUUCCACGUUGUGUAUAUCCCGCCCCUCUCCGGCAGACUCCUUGUCCGCGUGCCUGGCAGCAAUUUAGUACACUGCCUUCAGCCUCUGGAUAGGGGAGAGACAGAAGCAGCAGCAGCUCAGUACGAGAUCAGUGCUGCUAACGUUUACAUCACAAUCCAUAAACUACCGGUAUUUCAAUAAGAGCUGCCCUCCUGCCAAUAAGUGAUUAUUCUAUAGAUGCUUAGUCAAGGUAGCGUAACGCGGAUUAGUUGCUCUUUAAAUUGCCCUGUUUCGCUUAAGCCGCUUUAAUGCACCAACCGUACACCAAUUGCUUGGGGGGUGUGUGUAGCCCUCUCUCCCCCGAUCUUUCUUUCUAGAAAAUACAUUCGACCUAAGAAUAGGCAGGUUGCUAAUUAUAGACACCCCCCCCCGCAUGAUAAUACACCGUAUAUAAGUGGAGCUUCCGGUCUCCUUGUUGUUCUUUACAAUUCACUAGAGAAGGGUGGUUGUUACGGAUUAAUUAUACCAGUUCAAACAAAACAACACCCUUUUAAAAUGAGAACUGGAAGUGACCAAUUGGAGGACGCCUCAGUCCUAAUGAUGACUAAUUUCAAAGCAUGCUUGCUUAGGAUGGCAACAAUAAAAUCCAGCCCUUUCUUUAGGGAUGCCUAGGGAAGUCGUACGCCCCACUUUCCCCGUCUAACAAAUAACUUCGCUGCUAAAUCGAGGAGGCAAAAAGUUAACAGGAAAUUUAACUUGAAGCUGAAUCUCUACUGGGGAGAAGACACAGCGCUCUCUCGACCCCUUCAGGCAGAAUCCUACGGGCAAACCCCACCCCUACUUUCCAAACGUGUUGCUGAAAACAAGCAGCCUUCAACCUUGUUCCAGGAUUCUAAUUUGGAAGGUUUGUCUAGUCAACGUUCCAGUCUUAAGAGUACGGGGCUGCGCUGGGCCGGGAACGUGAUUGGCCGUUUAAAAAGAAAAAAAAAGUUGAAUCACGUGGGGGGACCCCCUCCCCUCGAAAGAACAGCUUAGAUUACAUCAAGCCAGCGCUCACCGGCCGGAUCUCUAGUAUAGUCUCGGCAGGAAUGUGUGCGCUGGGAGGAAGGAGACGCGGCCCGGGGGUGGUGCGUAAAAGCGCAGACUUCCCGGCAGCGAGGGGGUGGGAAUCACUGGAGUGUGAGGGCUCCGCAGUAAAAACAAAAAAGUCUCUUCCAGGCGGGUCGUUUCCCUCCUAGUGUAAGGAGACUCUGCACUAGAUCUGCAGCCUGCUUUCCGCUUUUUUGUGCAAUUGGCCAGAGCAAAAAUAAUAAUAUCGACAGCCAGCCAUUGCAAACAGUAAACACCUAAGCAGUAGUACAGGCUCCUUGGAGAAGAAGAAGAAAAAUCUACUCCAGAAAUUGGUUUAGUUAGGUGGAGGAGGGAGAAGGAGGAGGAGGAGGUAAGUUCCGGCCUCCUAUGAGGGUUGCCUUUGUUUGGCUGAACGGGCUCUCGGAGCCAAUGGGAGCGCGCCGGGAGGAGUGGGGCGGGCGGGCGAGCCUGGUGUGAGUGUGUGUGCAGAGCCGAGAUUGCUUCCAGUGGGAAGGGUGUCGGUCUGCUUUUCUGCUGCCAGGUCUCGCUCCGCUCGGCGUGAGGACGGGGCCGACCAUCUCCGGGGCUGCUCGGUGGCUUUCCACUCACCCGCUUUGUGUCUCUCUUCUUUCUCCCCUCUUCCUCCUCCCUUCCUCCAACCAACCGCCGCCUCUCCGCGAUGCCGCCCUCGCUGGCCUCCGCGUCUGCUCCCGUGUGGCCUGGCGGCCUCUUUCCGCCGUGGGGUUGAUCCGAAGGAGGAAGAAGAGGAAGCGCGGAGGCCCGAUCGCCUGCUCAUGCAGCAGCCCCAUCGCCGCCGCCGCCGCCCCACCGUUGGAGUCCCGUCGAGCUGCAUGGACGGGCAUGGGGAGAGCGGCCCCUCUCUGCGCCAUCGCCGCCGCCAACGCCGCCAGGGCUGAGCAGCAGCAGCGCCGCCCCCCGCCUGCCCUCCUCGUCCUUUUCAGCCUGGGGCUGCUUCUACACACAGGUACCGCCUGGGCCCCUCUUUGGGCGGGGGUGGGAGGUGGAAACCCCCAAGAAAACGGGCCGGGAUGGAGCGGGAAGCGACGCCUCGACGGCUGCGGAGCUGUGUAGUGAGACGUGUUUGUUCGCGAGUUGUUGGUUUGGGGGUUCCCUUUCUUUCUUUUUUUAACGGGACGUUUGGUGGGCGAGCUGGGCGGCCCAGAUUCGGAGUUUACUUCCUCGGGAGCAAGUGGAAAGCCCGCGAUCGCGGAAAGUACGCGCGCGCGUAUUUAUAUGUGUGUGUAGAGGAAUCUGAAGUUUCUGCGCGACCCACCUGGAGCGUCGCAGGCGGGGCGGACGGCUCCUUGCUGAAGGAGCGUGGUGUUCCGAGGCUGCUCUUGCAAGUGGGAGUCGCUUGUGCCAAAACGCUUGUUUUGCAGCCCGGAGGAAUCUGACACACACGCGAAGGCUUCUCCCUCCUCCUCCUCCUCUCCUUUCCUUUCCGCGGUCUCUGCUUUUAAAAAGCAAGGCUGCGAGCCUUCUCUCCCCAGCAAGGCGGGGGCGCGGAGCUGGCCCCGCUCGACGGAGCGGGGGAGGGGGCUGCCGUGUCUGGGUGAGUUUGAUUGGCACCGCUCCCUCCCUGCCCGGGUGUUUACUAAGUGAGCGCCGAGAUCAGGUUUCUCUUCUCCUCGCCGCCGCCUCCUCCUCCUCCUUCGCGACGCAGGAAAGAGAGCGCCUGGGCUCUCCUAAUCUGCAGCUGGCGUUGAAGGAUUUUGGGAGGAGAAGGCGAGGCGAUCUCGGUGAAAAGUCGUCGCUUUCCCUUCUUCCCAGCGGCUGAACUUUGAAUGCGGAUCUGUUUGCGCGGCUGGAAUUCUCACUUUUUCUUUUCUUUGCUCCAAUGGUGCAACUUGAUGAGGCUUGCUGCUCCUGUUUUGUUUUCUGCAAGAUGCCUUUGUCUUGUCAGCUGUCAUACUUUUUUAAAAAAUUGUAUUUCUGUUGGCCUUCCUGUAGGAGCCCAAACCUUGCUGCGUUGUAGCCUUUUCCUUUUCAUUUCGCCCAGGGAAGCUUGCUGGGCAAAGGACUCCUCCGGCUCAGGCAAACUCAUGAACAAAGGUUGGGUUUGUAACAUGGCUUGGGUGGGUGGGGGGACUUUAUGGUGUGCAUUGGGGAAGGGCAGAGUCUGGUUUGUGUGCAGCAGGUCCCAGCUUCAAUCCUCGGCCAUCCCCAGGUUAGGGAUGGGAGAGUCCAAAAUCCUGGUGGGAUUCUGCCAGUCAGUGUUAGGCAGUGCAGAGCUAGAUGGACCACUGCCUGACUCCGUAUAAGGCAGAUUUCGUCUGUUCUUCCUAGCAAAGCUUCUUACAUCAGUGUGUGAAGGGGAUCUGGGUCCCCAACUGUUUUUCUGAUAGGGCUUCUGUGCCUUUCACACUUUUGCUUACCAAUCAAGUAAGACCUUUUCCUGUAAUAUUGACACACCAUAGCAAUUUUCAGCUUCUGAAUGUCUUGCUUUUAAAGAUUUUAUUACUGCUUUUCUUUAUUUCGGAGGGAGCACCCAAGAAGUUUCCUAAAAAUGAAAAGUCUCUGAAUUCAAUAGGAUUUUGUGCUGGGAUAUUUGGUCAGGCAUACAGUUUUAAAUAUUUGUAGGCCCCCUUUCUGGACAACGUGCUCUGAAGGUGACAGCGGUGAUAUGAUACAAUAUCAAUUUAGAAACUAUUUAAAACUACAACAGUUAGUAGAAAUACUUGAAAAUAUUGUUCAGUCAGUAGAAAGAAACUGAGAGAGGCCCACUCUUGGUGUUCCUUGGUGCAAAUGCAGAGAUCAGAUACAAGAGUCUCAAUGAAAAUCUACACAGACGUAUUUUGUGAAGUUCUAGAUUGCACAAAAUUAUGCAGUAAUACAACCUUGGACUGCUGUGAGAAGAGCUUACUAGAGACAUUUCACAGAGUGAGAUCACCGUGUCAGAGAUUUGUAGAAUUGUAGAGUUAGAAGGGGUCAAUCAUCUAGUCCAACCUCCUGCAAUGGAGGAAUCUCAGCUAGAUCAUACAUAACAGAUGUCCAUCCAACCUGUGCUUUAAAAUCUCUAAGGAAGGAGAGUCCACCACUUGUGGCAGUCUGUUCCACUGUCAAACAGCUCUUACCAUCAGAAAGUUCUUCCCGUUGUUUAGUUGGAAUCACCUUUCUUGUAACUUGAAUUGAUUGAUAGAGGUCCUAGCCUCUGGAGCAGGAGAAAACAAGCUUGUUUCAUCUUCUAUGUGACAGUCCUUUAGAUGUUUGAAGAUGGCAAUCGUGUUUCCUCUCAGUCUCUUCUUUACCAGGCUAAACAUACCCAACUCCCUCGACCAUUCCUCAUAAGGCUUGGUUUCCAGACCCUUGAUCAUCUUGGUCACCCUCUUCUGCACACAUUCCAGUUUGUUGAUAUUCUUCUUAAAUGGUGGCGCUGAGAACUGGACACAGUAUUCCACAUGUGGUCUGUCCAAGGCAUAAGAGAGUGGUAUUACUGUGGUUGUUUUAAGGAAAGAGUUGAUUUUAGUUUUCCCAAUGAGAUUUAACUAUAUGAAACUGUAUUAUAUAGCUUCUGACAGAGCACACCACAGCCAGUGUGGUGUAGUGGUUAAGAGCGGUAGUCUCGUAAUCUGGGGAACCGGGUUCGCGUCCCCGCUCCUCCACAUGCAGCUGCUGGGUGAUCUUGGGCUAGUCACACUUCUUUGAAGUCUCUCAGCCCCACUCACCUCACAGAGUGUUUGUUGUGGGGGAGGAAGGGAAAGGAGAAUGUUAGCCGCUUUGAGACUCCUUAAAGGGAGUGAAAGGCGGGAUAUCAAAUCCAAACUCUUCUUCUUCUUCUUCUACUUAUUGAAGUACUAGAGGCCAACAUUGCUCGAAUUUUAAGGAAGAAUAUGUUGACAAAUUGGCUCCUGUCCCAAUCUGAGAGCACCAGCUAAAUUUAGGAUUCCGGGUGUAGAGUAGCUUAGCUUUCAAUAGGCUUCAUGCUCCCAGUGGUCCACCGAGAGACGCGAUUGUCCUUAAUCAAAAGCGAACUCGUGUUUGUGGCUUUUGAUUCUUGUGUGUAGGUUACCAACCAGCAGCCAUAGAAUGUGUGAGGUUUUUGUUUGCAGAAGGUGUAGCUCUGACAAGUCAGUACUGAACAAAGAACAAAUUCUCUUUGUGACUUCCUUUAUGAAAUAUUCAGAAAUAUUGUUUCUUUGGAUCCAGAACUUCUCUUUCUGUUUACAAAGAGGCCCUACAGCAAAGUCCUGUCUCUUUUGGAACUUUGUAACAAAUACUAUGAACCAAAACAGUAAGGGAGAGUUCAUAUGGUGUUUUGUUUUGUUUUAAAUUCAGUUUAUUUAUUACACUUUAGAAUCAUAGAACUGUAGAGUUGGAAGGGUCCAUGAAGAUCUUCUAGUCAAACCCCCCGCAAUGCAGGGAUAUGCAACUGGAUCGGACCUGCAACCUUGGUGUUAUCAGCACCACACUCUAGCCAACUGAACUAUCCACAUUGCCCCCUUCCCCAAGGGGUUAAAUGUGGUGUACAUGGUUCUUCUGCCUCCAUUUUAUUUUUUCACAACAAUCUUGUGAGGUAGGCUAGACUGAGAGAUGGUGACUGGCAGUGGCACAAGGUCAUGCAGUGAGUUUUAUGGCCAAGGGGGGAAUUUGAACCCUGGGCUCCCAACAAGCACUCUUAAAUGUACACCACACACUUGCUGCAUUCAACAGGUGUACACUCUUAUGUCCCAUUGGUAUGCAGUAGUUGAGUUGUAAACUCACAUACAGUGGUACCUCGGGUUAAGUACUUAAUUCGUUCUGGAGGUCCGUUCUUAACUUGAAACUGUUCUUAACCUGAAGCACCACUUUAGCUAAUGGGGCCUCCCACUGCUGCUGCGCCGCCAGAGCACGAUUUCUGUUCUCAUCCUGAAGCAAAGUUCUUAACCCGAGGUAAUAUUUCUGGGUUAGCGGAAUCUGUAACCUGAAGCGUAUGUAAUCUGAAGCGUAUAUAACCCGAGGUACCACUGUACAAUAUUCAAUGAGGGUACAUCUCCAGUAUGUAUACAUACAUGUUUGCUGCCAUCAAAAGAAAAUGGCUUCAGUGACGCUUAUUAAGUGCAUCACUGAAGCAAUUCCUUUUACUGGCAACAAGGCAAGGUAUGCUGGGUCUGCUACACUUCCUGUUCCCUACCAAGAUUAACAUUCAGUGGAAAGAGUUGUGGUAGAAAGUGGAAUGUAGACCUACCCUUUUUAUCUAUUCUGCAUUUUCUUAAUCUUUAACCAAAACAUCAAUUUUUAAAAUGAAAAACCCCAACUUCUGUAACAUCAUAAUUUUAGUUACUAAAAUACUGUAAAUACAAAAUUCUCAGUGUCUGUUAUUCCUAAAAGUAUGUAUGGCUUUCUUUAAUUUACAUACAGCACCAUCCUAGACACAUCUACAUAGAUGCAAGCCCUAUAGAGUUCAGUGGGAUUAAUCUGUAUAACUGCAGCCUUAAAUGCAUUGAAUAUUUACAUUUUGAGGAUGAUGGGGCUGCAACAAAAACACCAAGCUGCUUAAAAUAGCAUUUGAACUGGAAAUUAUUUUUCCAACAUGGUAUCUCUGAUUGCCUCUUGGGGGCAUGUUAAAUAUACAGAACUGCAUCCAAAAUAGACAUACUUCUGCGGGUUAGUGAAUAUUAAAAAAACGUACAUUAAAGACACCAGGAACCCCUGUUAAGAUUUUCCAACUGGGACCUGAUGAGAAAUCCUAUGCUAAGGUUGCAAAUCUAGGUACGUUUACCUGGGAGUAAGUCCGAUUGCACCCCAGGAGGUCUGAUAUACAGUGGUACCUCGGGUUACAGACACUUCAGGCUAUAGACUCUGCUAACCCAGAAAUAGUACCUCGGGUUAAGAACUUUGCUUCAGGAUGAGAACAGAAAUCGCACAGUGGGAGGCCCCAUUAGCUAAAGUGGUGCAUCAGGUUAAGAACAGUUUCAGGUUAAGAACGGACCUCCAGAACGAAUUAAGUUCUUAACCCAAGGUACCACUGCACAAGUAAACAAGUUUUUACAGAUAGCACUGUAAAUGCGAACAUGUGCAGAAAGAAGCAAAAUGUUGACUGUGGCUACUCCAAGACAAUACCAACUCAGUGGGUUGCAAUGGAUUGAAGCACCUGUGAGUUCAAGGCUGGUUACAUUGCCAUCUUGGAGCAGGUGGGCGCACACCUACAAGCUGCCCACCCUCUCAGCCCCACCACUGCAGUUCUGCCCCCUCAUGUGCCACGACGGAUCAAUGCCACCAGUUGUUGGAAGAGCUCAACGCAGGAAAAGUACAGUAUUAUAUUUAUAACAUGUUUUGAUUUAUAAAAGAACCCAGUGUUCGACAUUAGCCAGGUGCCAAGCGCGUUUUAUAACCAUGUGCAGAUCUCUGGAUGCCAGGAUGGCGACUGACAUCUCCAUCUGGCUGGCCCCUCCAGCUUUCUUAAACAGAAGAGCUUUUUUUUUUUUUUUUUUUUGCUUUUGCGCCCCAUCUUUUCCUUCAAGGGGUACAUGGUUCACCCCCUCCUCAGUUAAUCCCUACAAAGACCCAGUGAGGUAGGCUAAGAGGUAAGUGACUGGCCCAACGUCACCCAGCGAGCUUUAUGCCUCAAUGGGGAUUUGAACCCUGAUACCCUGUGUCUUAGUCCGGCACUCUAACCACUAUGCCACACUGGCUCCCUAGAGUACUUCUGCUCUAUAAAUUAAGUAGGCAAAUAAAUAUGGGGAAAGCCAAAUGUCCCUUAGAGAAGGAUCUGAAAUACUUUCCUUGGAAGCUUGAGUUUGUUAUAGUCUGGAUUGUUUUAUUUGAUGUUUCAACGUGUUAAAGCUCAAGCAGAAAGGUAGGUACACCAGGUUUUUUCAUACAUGGGGAUAAGGGAGUAAGGAUCAGGGUGAGUACCUCCACCCAAUUCCAACCCCCUUCUGGCAGAGCUUCUUUCUGCUUCCUGAGGCUCAGUCUCGCAGGUCUUCCAGUUGUGACCUGCUGCUGGCCUUGUCCUGUACUUAGUCAUGAAGUUGUAGGCCUGUAAUCUUUUAUUAUUUUCAGUACACACCAGGGUGGAUAAAAAUCAAUUAUAUAUGUGUGUGUGUGUGUGUGUGUGUGUGUGAUUUUUUAAAUUUAAAUCAGAUUUUUUAAAAUUUAAAUUGGAUUUGUUUGAUUUAAAUCAGAUUGGAUUUUUAAAAUAAAAUGCUUUUGGAGGAAAAGUCUUCCUAAAGAUAGUUUUCUAUUUAAGUUACAUUAUAGUCCAAAGGCUACUCAUCAGGAAAUAAGGAUUUCUUUUCAGUUUUUCAUGUGUGCUAAAACUCAGUCUAAGUUUUUUUUUAAAAAAAAAUUAACCACAUCAGUUAACAAACAUGGAUACAUAUGCUGUAAUGUUAUUGUAUUAGUUAAAUAAAUGGUUUGAAUUGUUAUUAAGGAAAUGAUUCUUUUUCUCCUUCCAAUAAGGUACAGCAGAAAAGUUGUCCAAAUAUAAACAGUGAACUUAUUAAACCUCACAAUAAUUUCAUAAAAGGCUCUGGCUGCAAGCUUGCAACACUCCUCCCUCAGCAAUAGGAAGUAGGCUCUCUGCUGGAGUGCUAUAACAGGUCUUAAAGGGACUAUUGUGAGUGCAGUGCCUAGACGGUUGAACUGGGACCUGGGAGACCAGGGUUCAAAUCCCCACUAGACCAAGCUCCUAAAAUGCUUCUUUCUUUCUUUCUUUCUUUCUUUCUUUCUUUCUUUCUUUCUUUUUCUUUCCCUCCCUCAAAUCUCUCCCCCCCCAGUUUCUUAGAAAGCAGAUUCUUCUCAGAAACAAGUGCUUUUAUUGCCAUGCAAUCAGAGACUGUCUAUUUCUUUAUUUCUGUUGAUGUGACGAAACAGGUCGAUCUAUAAAUCGUAAUGCAGAAGGACAUGAAGUCGGCAACACUGAUUUUCUUUCCCAGUGAACAGGGAAACCAACAACAGCAACAAAACCCCUCAACGUCAUGCGUUACCCUAAUAAGGGUUUUUAUUCCCUGGUGCACUUUUGUGUUUAAUCUGAGUUUGAAAACAAGAGCCGUUGCAUUCUGGUGUCCAUGGAAACCAGUUAAUUAAAAGGGGGAAAUGAAUGCUAUUGUCAUUUAUUUCGGUUGCUUUCUCCAUUUACAACCAAACACAGAUGCCCUACUGUUUCUGUGUUGCUCUUCAUCUUGGCAUUUUGAUUAGUUGGGAAAUUGCUUACUAAUGUGAGCACAACUGAAUUUUACAGCUUGCAGUGGUGGAUUCUCCUUCCUUGGAGGUUUUUAAGAAGAGUUUGGAUGGCCAUCUGUCAUGGAUGCUUUAGUUGAGAUUCCUGCAUUGCAGGGAGUUUGGACUAGGAAUUGUAUGAUUCUACAGUUCCCAAGACACCAUCCUUUCUUAAGAGAGCAAAGCACUUUAUGGCACUACUUUGAAAUGCUCCCGCGUGAUGCUCAAGCAAAAUCCAUGGUAUAUGGCUUAGAAAUAGCUUUCGCUAAAUGAGCAUAUCCUUAGCACAAAAUGCAGGGCAAUUUAAUAUGGCUAGCUUUUCACUGGGCAAUGUAAUUAAAUCUGUUUUGAAAAGUGGCAAGGCUUUGUGUGUGGAAUGCUGUUUUAGACUCUUCAGAAGUUUAUCCUGGGUGGAAUGCUGGAGAGUAUGAAAAGACAAGUGUUCAAGAUAUUUGAGACUACACCCUUUAGCUGCGCAGUGAGCAUGCAAAAAACUGGAUUUAAUUAUGUCGGUGCAUAGCACUUCCAGAGCACUUCUCUCGUUUCUCUCUCCUCUAAACUGCCUCCUCACCAACCCUCCAAAUGUGAAAAGCUAUCCAACUUUAUAAUGGAGAAAAGAUCAUUUUAUUCCUUCCCUUCUCCAUCAUACGUUUGUAUGUGUGUUAGCCAGCUUUAUUUUUGGGAGGUUUGAAGAUAAUUCCACAGGUCUAGGACAUUCCGAUUUCUUUUCAAGUAUCCUUUUAAAAAACUAAACAUGUCAGAAUUACAUGUGUAAAGUUUGCAUUAAAAGAUGCAGAAAAACACUCAAGAUUUCAUCAGUUUGUGGCGGAAAGCUUAAUUCCCUUGCAGCCUUCUUUGGUUUCAAAUUAGCAUGAUAAAUUCUCUUUUAUUUUUAAAAGGGCAUGUUCUUAAUUCUCUCCCUUCCCCCACUUGUGGACACAGCCCAUCAAGUCUUGCAUCUGCAAACUGGUUUAACUGAAACAUGUAUUCAAGUAACAUGAUAAAAGCCCUAACAUUCACGACAAGUGAGCCAUGAAAUUAUAUUCUUUAUCAUAAUUAAGUUCUUUUUUAAAAAAAAUCUGUCUUUUAAAGCUUAUGCAUAACAUAUUUCUGUUAGCCCCACAAAGAAUGCUAGCUUUUCUAAAUUACUUAGCUUUGGAUCAGUACUUUUGUUCUGGAGGUACUCAGGGGGUACGCACAGUGCUAUUUUUCUAGAAAAACUCACCAUGAACUCUUAGAAUGACACUGAGGCUCACCUGAGAGGUGCUGGAACUAAGUUCCGGAGAGUUCCAGCUGGAAAAAAGCACUGGGUACGCAGUACCAGUAUCUUUUUUCUACAAGAAAAGCAUUGUGUCUGAUACUAGGGUUAAAUGCGGGCAUUAUGUACAGUGGUACCUCGGGUUACAUUCGCUUCAGGUUACAUACACUUCAGGUUACAGACUCCGCUAACCCAGAAAUAGUACCUCGGAUUAAGAACUUUGCUUCAGGAUGAGAACAGAAAUCAUGCUCCGGCGGUGCAGCGGCAGCGGGAGGCCCCAUUAGCUAAAGUGGUGCUUCAGGUUAAGAACAGUUUCAGGUUAAGAACGGACCUCCGGAAUGAAUUAAGUACUUAACCCGAGGUGCCACUGUAUUUUUAAGGGGGCGGGAGUUGCCCCAGGAUCCUAAAGCGAGUUCCUUCCCUGCUCACUUUACUAUUUCAUGUAUACAGUUGUACCUUGGUUCUCAAACUUAAUCUGUUCCAGAAGUGCGUUCCAAAACCAAAGCGUUCCAAAACCCAUAGAAAGUAGGGCAAAAUGGAUUAAUCCAUUCCAGACUUUUAAAAACAACCCCUAAAACAGCAAUUUAACAUGAAUUUUGCUAUCUCGCUAGACCAUUGAUCCAUAAAAUGGAAGCAAUAAACAAUGUACUGCAGUCACACAAUCAGUCAGUAGCUGAACUGGGUUCCACACAGUCACAAAAACAAAACAAUAAAGCCACAAAAAUGCAAAAUAAAUAGCAAAAAAACAGACAAACCUCAGCGUAACGCCCAAAACGGAAGUGUGGCACUCAAAAUGGAAGCAUAACACUCAAAACGGAAGUGUGGCCCUCAAAAUGGAGCACGUUUGGCUUCUGAAAAAAGUUUGCAAACCAGAACACUUCUGGGUUUGCAGUGUUUGGGUUCCAAGUUGUUUGAGUACCAAGGUGUUUGAGUACCAAGGUACCACUGUACCUCACUUUUCCUGCAAAGCGCUCAAGAUGGCAUGCGGCUCUCUUUUCUUUUCCCCUCCCCACCCUUCCAUUUUAUAUUUGCAACAACCCUAUGAGGUAGGCCAGGUUGAGGCCCCACUAGGCCUGUUUUGCUAGGCUGCAUCAUCAGGGAGUGAGCAAGAUACCCUUGAGGGACUAGCAUUAAGCACCUCUGGGAGGGCAGCUAGAAAACUAGCGCUGUUCAGCUGCAAGAUUUCCCUGCUGUUCUGUGGCUGAGGUACAUAUUGUUAGUUGGCGUCUUCCAUGCUCUUGGCAAACGUGCUUUAAAGAAGCAUAUGCGCAACAGGGGACCUCUGUCGGGUCGGGAGCUUCCUUGCGCAUUAUGGUUUGGCCAUGUGCUCUGCAUGCGCCUGUCGAAAGCAUUAUGUGCAUAGCGGUCCCAGAGUGCAAAUGGAGAUGGCCUAUUGUGUUGAUUUUACUAGGGCUGUCCUGGCUUGUGGGCUUUCAGUUGAAUUAGAGCAGGGGUCAGCAAACUUUUUCAGCAGGGGGCUGGUCCACUGUCCCUCAGACCUUUUGGGGGGCCGGACUAUAUUUUUUUGGCGGGAAAUGAAUGAAUUCCUAUGCCCCACAAAUAACCCAACGAUGCAUUUUAAAUCAAAGGACACAUUCUACUCAUGUAAAAACAUGCUGAUUCCUGGACCGUCUGCGGGCCGGAUUGAGAAGGCGAUUGCGCUGGAUCCUGCCUUAGUUUGCCUACCCAUGAAUUAGAGUGUGGUACUGAUAAUGUCAAGGUUGCAGGUUCAAUCCCUAUGUGGGACAACUGCAAAUUCCUGCAUUGAAGGGGGUUGGACUGGAUAAUCAUCAGGGUCCCUUCCAGCCCAGCUCUACAAUUCUAUUAUUCUAUGAGUUUCCUUAAUAACUGGGAAUGACAGAGAGAGAAAACACUUUUCCAGGCACUCACUGAGCCAGACUCCUGCCCCCCUCAAAAAACCCAGGCAGUCAUGAAAUAGUGUGAAGUUGGGAGAGUCUGGUUUUUUUUAAAUUUUAUUUAAAUGUGAAUUGAAUUGUAAAUUUACCACCUGCAUUCCAUAGCCCGUCUCCCCCUUAGGCUAGCCAGGCGUAGCUGCAGCAUGUGGUUUCCGUAGUUAACAAAUAUUAAGUGUAGUUUUACAUAAUUAUGGGACUGUGGUCGAUAGGGAAAGGUGGGGCAAAAUCUCUGUUAAAAAAGAAUAAACCCCAAGUACUCAGCUUUCAGCCAUGAAGGAAAGUAAAACUAAAAUCUGGACUCUCCCAAAUAAAGAGUGUGACUUAACAGGCUCUUUUCUUUCUGCUUUGUAGAAUAUGUGCAGGUUAUGUGCAUGGUCACAUUCACACCAGAUGUUUAAAACACUGUGACGCCACUUUAUUCAGUCGUGCCCCCACCAAAUUCUGCGAGUUGUAGUUUGUUAAAGGUACAGAGAGUUCUUAGGAGUCCCCUGUUCCCCUUGCAGAGCAACAAUUUCCAGACUGGUUCAAUAGUCAAUCCCUCUUUCACAGGGAACUCUGGGAAUUGCAUCUUGGCCAGCCUUCAGCCAGGUUGAAUAUUAAUAGAAUCGUAGAGUUGGAAAGGAACUCCAAGGAUUAUCCAGUCCAACCCCCUGCACUGCAGGAAUCUUUUUGCCCAAUGUGGGACUUGAACGCACUGCCCUGCAAUUAAGAGUCUCAUGCUCUACCGACUGAGCCAGAUGACAAUGGAAGCUGCAACUCACUCAUCUGGAGUUAGUCUCACUGAAGUCGCUGGUGUUUUCUUCUGACUGAGCAUGGAUAAGAUAAAGCCCUUUUGGAGCAUGCUCACAUGGAAUAAUAAAAGAAGUUUUGCUGAAAGUCCUUCUGAUGCGUCUAUUUGAGCAUAUCAUAUAUAUAAUCCAAGGGCCUUCUGGCAGUUCCCUCAGUGCGCGAAGUGAAGUUACAGGGAACCAGGCGGAGGGCCUUCUCUGUAGUGGCACCCUCACUGUGGAACUAUUUGACUUUUAGAAGACAUCUGAAGGGAAGUUUUUAAUGGUUGAUGUUUUAUUGUGUUUUUAAAUAUUUUGUUGGCAACUGCACAGAGUGGCUGGGGCAGUCAGAUGGGUGGUAUAUAAAUGUUGUUGUUGAUGAUGAUGUUGGGUGUUACAUAAAUAAUGUUGCUGAUGUAUGUAUGUUUGCUUGUUUGUUUUAUGAAAACGAAUCACGCCCAGUAAUGUCCGCUCUUCUUUUGCCCAGGCGAUUGCCAGCUGCAGACGCCGUGUCGAAUCCAGAAGUGCACCACGGACUUUGUGGCGCUGACUUCUCACCUGAACUCUGCCCUUGAUGGCUUUGAUUUGGAAUUCUGCAAAGCCCUGCGUGCCUAUUCCGCCUGCACCUACCGCAACUCCAAAGUCUGCCGCGGGAACCUGGUCUACCAUUCGGCUGUGCUGGGGAUCAGCGAUCUCAUGAGCCAGAGGAACUGCUCUAAGGAUGGCCCGACCUCCUCGACAAACCCCGAAAUCACCCACGACCCGUGUAAUUACAGCGGUCGCCAGGGAGCCGGCGAACUUCGCGGGGGAGGAGAGCAGACUCCGCCCACGUACUUUUUCUGUGGCCUGUUUGGGGACCCCCACCUGCGGACCUUUAAGGAUCACUUUCAGACGUGCAAAGUGGAAGGGGCGUGGCCCCUCAUAGAUAACAACUACUUGUCGGUGCAGGUGACAAAUGUGCCCGUGGUCCCCAGAUCCAGCGCCACUGCCACAAAUAAGGUGCGUACAAGGCACACGCCUUAUUUUCCUCUUUAAAAAGUUACAGUGGAAUUUGAAAUUUAUAGAUGGCAGGAUUUUGAUGAAUUGGGAUAUGGAAGAAAGGACAAGCCGCAGAGCUGUGCUCGCAGGGAAUCCCUGGGGUGGCUUAUGCAAACCAGCCUGGCUGGCCUAGCGGAAGAGCAAAUCUGUUAACAUGAUGAAAGGCUGUUGAUGGGUCACCCCAGAGGAAUCCUUUGGCCUGGAGAGACAGGUGUUGCUGAGGUGAUGGGGUGUGUUUUUGAGGCGACAGGGAAAGAGAGGUGUUGGGUUUUUUUAUAGCAAGGUGUUCUCGGAAGAAGAAGGGAGAAGAAAGAUUGGGAUCCAUCUUGGGCAGGCCAGCUGAAGGCUGGCUUCACUGCUGUGGGGGACAAGCCCCUCUUGAAGUGACCAUGCUGUGAGAUCUGGGCUUCCUCCAUGCAGACUGAAUUGGUAAAUAGGUGAAUAAACGAGAUUUCUUAAAGCUACGGCAGUCUCUGACGUGUCUCAGUUCUGCAAAGGAACACCGACCCGGGGUGAGUGCCUGGAACCCCCUGGGAUCUUGCAGAGAGUGGCGGUGGCGGCACACGAUUUUUGUAACAAUAUUUUAAAUCUGAAACUUUCCUCCCUCCCCCUUUUUGGUGAUGGUGGCGAGAAAGCAGAGCUGUUGCAUGUGAAUGCAUGUUUAAUUCUUUCAGACUAGAGAACAUGUAAUCAGAGCAUGCUCACAGAUAGGUGGCCAAGAAGAGACAGCUGGUUUUAAGGAGCAGCUCACCUGCUAUGCUAUGCAGAGACCGAUGGAAGGUCUCUUGUGCUGUGGGCAGAGAACAUUGGCUGAGAGUUGAUGAAGAAUGGAGGGUUUAUGAGCAGCAUGAAAAUUAUCCAAAUCCCGAAGGAAAGGUGGGGUUGGGAAUAACGUGGAAGGAAUUGCAUUGUGGUGAAGCGCAUUUGUUGGUUUACAGUCUGUAAAUAAGGUUUGGUGGAAAGGAGAUUGAGCUCUACUAGCUAGUUUUCGAUUGGCUAUGUUGUGCCUGGCGGCUGAGUGCAACAGGAGAUGGAUUUUGACACGGUAGAGCAUGGUGCUGAUAAGGCCAAGGUCGCAGGUUCGAUGUCCAUAAGGAACAGCUGCAUAUCCCUGCAUUGCAGCGGGUUGGACUAGAUGAUCUUUGGUGUCCAAGUGUACAGUUCUGUGAUUCUACAAAUUAUUCUGUUCUUUAGCAAGAGUACAUACUUGGGAUCACACAACAGAGAUGUGUUAAUGCCAACUGUUAAAGAGAUCCUGAAACCGCACUCUUGUAAAUGUAAAGUGUGCUGGACUAUGAGAAUUCUAAGUUUUCUUUUUAAAUGUUUAUUAUUAGCAUUAUUAAAAUAAAUACAUUCAAAUUAAAUUAUACAGUGCUGAUGCUAGUGGGCUAAAUGGCACUUCUGGCAUCUGUUGUCUUAAAUUUUGUGAGUAGUAGGAUUAAAACACUGAAAAGAACCCCCCCCCCCCAUGAGGAAUAUUUCCGACUGAGAAGAGCUGUAUGAAAGACGUGACUUGUUUGUAUGAAUUCAAAAGGUGGAGGCUCUGGGUCACUGCUCUUGGCAGAUUUAGUCUGACAUUAUUCUAGUGGGUGGGGAACUUCCCUCUUGACUCAAAGAUGGCUUUGGCCCAUAUUGAGCCAGUGUUGUAGUCCCAUUAAGUUCAAUGAAUCUUAAGAGACCUGAGUUCAAAUGCUAAGACCCAAGGAGGGAGAAAUGGAGAUUUGUCUUAGAAGUUGCUUCUGAGAAUGACUUCAUUAAGGAAAUGCUGUUAGUGCCUCUGGGCUUUUGGGCUAAAGAGCAAUCUGAAGUGCAGGGUGGUUAUUAAAAACAACAACACAAAAGUGACGUAAUUCUGCUUUCAGAGUGCCAGGGGAAGCAUACAAUUAGCAAUUUGUAAGAUAAGUAUUUUGGGAAGAACAAUAUGUUUGGUCCUUUUCUAUGCAUAAUUGACCCUUAAUGCCUGUAAUUUGGUGUCGAGGAUCCCACCGCAGCCCCUGUCCCCCUCCCCCCCCCAAAAAAAAUUCCUGCCUGCAUAUCAGCUCCAAGCUGCACACACAAUUUGAUCUGGAGUGUGUUAAUGUUUUUUUAAAACAAAAAAAUCCUCAUGACCUUCCAAGGUGCUCUGUGUGUGUGUGUGUGUGUGUGUGUGUGUGUGUGUAGUGUAGCCAUGGAGUCAUUUUAUGACCUAAGUAUUCAACAUGCUAUCAAGCCCAGUUCAAGAUCUUAAUGGUGACUUUUAAGGCCCUGAAUUGCUUGGAACCCAGUUAUCCAAAGGCCCCCUUCUUCUUACUCUGUCUGUAUUGUCUGUAUUGCUGCAUUGUUUUUAACACUCGAUUGGGAGCAGCCCAGAGUGGCUGGGGAAACUCAGCCAGAUGGGUGGGGUAUAAAUAAUAAAAUUAUUAUUAUUAUUAUUAUCCAUCCUGUCUGGGAUUAAAGUUCUACUGGGAAGGCUCUUGACACCAUCUCUGAAUGAUGCUCAUAGUUCAGCAACUCGAGAGAGGCCUUCUCCUGGGUGGUACCCCAGCUGUGGAAUGCCCUCCCCUUUGUAAAAUGGCUGCCACCAAUAUUACGUAGUAUUGCACGCUGGCUACGAACUUACCUUUUCCACCAGGUGCUUAAUUUGUCAGGCCAGCAAUAGUGAUAUUGAAGAAGAGCAGUUGCGAUAUUUGUGGUGGUAGUUUUUCAUAGAAUCGUAGAGUUGGAAGGGACCAUGGGGGUCAUUUAGUCCAACCCCCUGCAGUGCAGGAAUUUUUCCCCUAACAUGGGGCUCGAGCCCACAACCCUGAAUUUCUAUUCCACCAUUUCUCAAAGCACCUUAAGGCGUUGUACACCUCCCUCCCUCCCUCCUUCUCUCAUCCUCACAACAGCCCUGCGGGUCAGCUAGGCUGUGAGAGAAUGAUUGACCCCCAAAUCACCCACUGGGCUUCAUGGCCAAGUAGGGAUUUGAAAUCUGGUCUCCCCAGCUCUUAGUUCAGCACUCCAACCCAGGGUUCCUCAAACUUGGGUCUCCAACUGUUUUGGACUACAGAUCCCAUCAUCCCUGACCAUUUGUCCUGCUAACUAGGAGUGAUGGGAGUUGUAGUCUAGCAACAGCUGGAGACCCAGGUUUGGGAAACCCUGCUCUAACCACUGGCUUUUGGUAAUUUUUUUAUCUUAAACUAUGUCACCCACCCCAGGAUCUCUUGCUGACGAAAGCUGAGCUAAAGGUGAAAUUAAAAUAAAUAAAUUUCUGUGUGACGUUUAGUUCUCUUGGAUAGAGAGGUUUGAAUAAGUGAGCUGUCAGAUACCGAAGUGGAUGCUCUUCUGAGUGGUGCUGUCUUUUGUUGCUAUUUAAUGUGGUUUUGAAGCUGCAUCGCCCAGGCUCGCAAUCCUGGGGAAAGCGCUGCGUUCAACACCCUGCCUUUUAACAACAGAAGCCGGCAAGCACAAAAAAUGAAAAUGGAAAAUGAAAAUACCAUCGUCAAUGUUAAGAGGUGAUUGAUCCAAAGCGUGCAUCUGCAUCCACAGGGAUGUUCAAAUAGGCAGAAGCAACUAAUGGGAUGUGGGUGUGUUCAUUAAAGAGACUUCGACUGUAGGAUGUCUGAAAGAGGUUUCUUGGCACUGGUGAUUCUAUUGGAUGCUACACAGACCUUGAGGUUUUGCUUCCACUGCCAGGCAAUUAGGCUUUUAUCAGAAUACCUUUGUGCUGUCAUGGAAGCCGUGCAUGACAUACCUCUGAAAGCCUUAAUGCAUUUACUUGAAACCCUUUGAGUUCUGUUGCUUAAACAUUCCCUUUUUAAAGAUGCGUUAUGGAGAAGUCUUCCAUUUUUUAUAGUUCUUUUCUCAUGUUUACCCAUGCAAAGUUGCAUAAAGCGUCCACCAUUUUCAGGGUGGCCUCGUACCUAGCUUAAUGACAACAAGUCAGUCACUUCUCAUCUUUUUAACAAGACACGCCCCCCCACCCGUGAAAUUAUUUUUUUGCUGUCAAAAGUGAUCUCCUCAAACAGGACAUCUAGCGAACAAGAACUAUCACCUUUUGUUUGGAAGGACGAGGCUUCGGAAUUAAAGUCUGCAUAUUGCAAGUUCUGCUAAGCAGUAUAUAUUACUCAUUAAAAAGAGAACAGGCAGAAUUUAGAUUGGAAUAAAUAUCCCCCACCUCCCCCAGAGCAGACUGCUCACUUUGGUUGUGGGUUUAAGCAGCAGGAAUUUCAGCAGCAUUCUUGAUGGGAUCUUGUUCUUUUCCAUCCUUCCUCACUUUUCGCUCUUCUCAAGAGAUUGCUUAUUUCAGGUAAAUCCAGGUAACCAUCUGUUCUGGUAAGUAACAUCCAUAGGUUCUGUACUUCAAAAAUGGCAUUGGGCCACAGGCAUCUUUUUUGAAAAUAUCUGUCAGAAAAAUGCAAGGAGUAAAAAAACAAACAAAAAAAGUCAUAUGUGGGCCUCCUGUUGAGUCAGAGUGCCAUUUCAGCAGCCUGCAUGACGACUCUGCUUUUGAAAAGAUAGAUAGAUAUGCUAGCUAGACAGACCUGUUUUGGGAUUGCCUUUGACUUGUAUGCCAGCCACAUUUCCGGAAGAGAAUUUGGUACAGUAAAAUAUACAGUAGGCCUUCUUGGGUACGGCGAGAAAACAACUUUGUGUUCAUCAGCAGGAAAUGGAAUUUGCAUUGCUUACCUACCUCUGUAGUUAGAAAAUGCACCUGGAUUUAGUCCUUGUGCACAGAACCAUUUUGAAUGCAUAAGGCUUUCUGGGUCAGAUGGCAAUAUAACUCCUGCACCAUCUGGUUCUUCAUACAAAAGCAGAACAGGCUAGUGGUGGAUCUUUGAUACUGUUGAUGGGACAGUAGGGACAACAGGGUGGCACUGUGGUCUAAACCACUGAGCCCCUUGGGCUUGCUGAUCAGAAGGUCGGCAGUUCGAAUCCCUGCGACGGGCUGAGCUCCUGUUGCUCUGUCCCAGCUCCUGCCAACCUAGCAGUUCGAAAGCACGCCAGUGCAAGUAGAUAAAUAGGUACCACUGCAGCGGGAAGGUAAAUGGCGCUUCCGUGUGCUCUGGUUUCCGUCACAGUGUUCCGUUGCACCAGAAGUGGUUUAGGCGUGCUGGCCACAUGACUCGGAAAGCUGUCUUUGGACAAACACCGGCUCCCUUGGCCUGAAGCGAGAUGGGCGCCACAACUCCAUAGUCGCCUUUGACUGGACUUAACUGUCUAGGAGUCCUUUACUUACUUUACUUUUGAUGGGACAGUAUCCUACGCUGCAUCUCAGAGCAGCAGGUCACUCUGCCCUCACUCUGCCCCUCAUCAGGUGCAUGAGACGGCUGCCUCUCUCUUUUCAAGUUUAAGCGCAAACUUACCUUUCCGUAGCGAUAGGCGAGGUGCUGCUGGCUCUUUGCUAUGGCUUAGAGGAUGCCUGGAAAAACUUAGGCAGAGAGCCUUCUCGGUAGUGGCGCCCUCCCUGUGGAACGCCCUCCCAUCAGAUGUCAAGGAAAUAAACCACUUCAGAGCUAAUGUCUCCUUGAUUGUAGUUGUGAGAGGUUGCCUUAUAUUGAGGUAGGCAAUUAGCCCAUCUAGGCCAGCACUCCCUGUUCUAAUGGGCACGGUUCCUUCCUGUUGCCUGAUGUUCUUCCUCGGUGGAAAAUAGGAGCUGGGACUUAAAAGAUGUUGAUGUACCUUGGAGGCGGGUCUCAGACUGGGCAGCUUGUGCCCAUGAAAAUGGCAGUUUCCUAAGAGCACAGGAAAACAAAAACUUUCACCAGGACAACUUUUGUGUUUUAUUUUUUGGAAACAAAGCACCGGCGUUGAGACUGUUGGCUUGCAUGGAUUAUGUAAACAUAAGCAAAUUUAUGGAAAAUUUCUGUAAUUUAUAGUCUGAUUCGCCUACUGAUGUGCAGGGACAAUGUGCUCCAUGGGGCACUGGAGCUUCAAUCUCUGGGUCCUGUGAAUCAUGCACAAACCCACCUGUGGCAUUAGAAGUUGCCUCUGUAUUAUCAAAACAUACUUUUGAAACCCAUGAGGCCUAGAAACUCUGCUAUGGGAUGCUGAAUUGGUGUCCCAGUAUCCAGUUUUAAAUUUGAACCCAUGCAAUAGGAACAUACAUGGGUCAUAUCCAACUAACUCCUUCCACCAGCGCAAGAGAUUUUCCUUGUGCAAUAGAUCUUUUCUCUCUGGUCAUGCGUGAGUGGGGAUUCGAACCCUGAUCUCCCAGGUCCUAGUCCGACACACUAGCUACUAUACCACAUGGACUUCCUAGAGUACUUCUCCUGCAGGGCAGCUCUAUAAAUUGAGGAGGUAUAUAGGGAAAGCCAAAUCUCCCUUAGAGAGAAGCAUUCAAAAUACUUUCCUUGAAGUUUGAAUUUGUUGGAUUCUGGAUUGUUUUAUUGGAUGUUUCGAUGCAUUGUAAACCACUUCUGAGAUCCACUCCCCCCUUAAAAUAUAAAGCAGUAUGGAAAUGAAAAGAAAAUAACAAUAAAAAAUAAAUCCCAUUGGUGGGAAAGGUGCCUAGACGUUCCAUUGUGGCCACUGCAACAAAGGUUUACGGUGCCAUUUGGCGAUUCGCUGAUACAGUGGAACCUCGGAUUUUGAGCCUCUCGUAAGCCGAACGUUUUGGUUUUCAAACACCGAAAACCGGAAGGAAAUUCUUCCGUUUUCGCACGCGCCUCAGAAGUUGAAUGGCUUCCAAGGCGCAUUUCUCCUUUUUCUCAAAGGAAUUUGCUGACCGCCCAUUGCGCCUUGGUUAACGAACAUUUCAGAAGUCGAAUGGUCUUCCAGAACGCAUUAUGUUUGACAACCGAGGUACCACUGUAUACCUGAGCUUCGAACACUCUUUCAUAGGUAACCUUUGACAGGCUGAGAGCGAGUGAGGUUGCUUAGCACCACCCAGUGAGGUGACACUGAGUAGAGCUUUGAACUUUGCGCAUUAAGUAUAGAACUCAGGUGUUUGUGUGGCGUAGGUUGUCUUAGGAGAGCUGGGAUUUAUGGCAAGUGCUCCUUACUGGUGAGCUGAGAGGAUCGAGUGGAAUGGAAGUAUUAAAAAUGAAUGAGCCAAAGUAGUUCGGAAGGAAAGUUGGGGCGGGGUGGGGUGGGGGGGAGAGAGGCGAAAUGUUUAACAAAGGCAUUGAUGUUUUAAAUGCACAACAAUAUUACCUAUUAAUAAUAAAUGGUGUGGUAAGAGACCAAAUGUGCCAGAGUAAGUUAUUGCAGUUUAUGGAUUAGGUCAGAGAAACAAGUAAGCAAUGCGGAUGGUGUCUAGAGGUUCAGUGACUAAAAAAACAUUUGCAUGAGCCUCCUCAAGGUGGGCCAGCGUGGGGUGUGUGGGAAGAAACAUUUAAGGGGCAGUAAUUGACACAGCAGCUUAGUCUGUAGCUUGGAUGGGGUUGUCCUGAGGGGAUACCUCCCCCACUGUGUCGAAGAAUAGCAUCCUGGGGAAAAAUGCAUUUGCAGUUCCUGUGUAUUGCAGUUACAUCCAAGAUGGAUGUGCUUUCAUAGCUCAUCCAGGGCUGGGCCUACCUGCAUUGGGAGCCUGCUAGCUAAAUUUGGAAAGCAGUUAGUGACCAUUGGAGGACUUUGAAUGCUACCUGGAGAGCAGUAAAUCAUACCUUGAUUCUCUUUCAUAGCAAAGACCGAAACAGCACGUUCGCCGGCGGGUCUGCUACAGUAGUGGCUGGCUGCCUCUGCCAAGACCCCAUACUCUCCAACAUUUCUCUGAUGAAAAUAGGAACGUUCUGUUCAAUACUGCUGCUACUACUGCUAUUACUAGUACUACUACUAAUAUUUAUACCCCACCCAUCUGAAUGGGUUGCCCCAAGCCACUCUGGGUGGCUUCCAACAUAUGGUACAGUCAAACCUUGGAUCCUGAAUGCCUCCGGUUUCGGCUCCCGAACACUGAAAACCCGGAAGUAAAUGCUCCGGUUUCCAAAUGUUUUUUGGAAGUCGAGCGUCCAGCGCGGCUUCCGCUUGAGUGCAGGAAGUUCCUGCAACCAAUCUGAAGCUGCGCCUUGGUUGUCGAACAUUUCGGAAGCCGAAUGGGCUGCGGAACGGAUUAUUUUCGACAACUGAGGUUUGACUGUAUAUGAAAACAUAAUAAAGCAUUCAACAUUUAGAAAACUUCCCUAUACAGGGCUGCCUUCAGGUGUCUUCUAAAGGUUGUAUAGUCACUUAUCUCCUUGGCUCGGGGGUCGCAUAACACCAUACCCUCCAACAUUUCUCCGAUGAAAUUAGGGACGCCCUAAGGAAAAGCGGGACAUUCCAGGAUCAAGUCAGAACUGGGAUGGCUUCUGUAAAUCCUGGACUGUCCCUGGAAAAUACGGACAUUUGGAGGGUCUACAACCAGCCUUUUUCUCCUGAAAUGUUGUUGGGCUAUUUAUUUAUUUAGAAAGAUUCAUAAGCUGCUUGAUCACAAAGCUUUCUAAGUAAAAAGAUUGCAGCCAAGCUAAAAUACACAAAGCUGUUGAAAAAACAAAUAUACAUAAAAACACUGUCUGUAAAGCACAGAUAAAAUCAGCAAAACCCUUAAAAACUAAUAGAGGUAACUACAGUAUAUGACUACAACUCCUGUCAUCUCUGACAAUUUGUGAUGCCGGCUGGGGAGUCUGGAGUGUGUUGACCCAACAACAUUGUGUUGAGAGUACAGUGGUACCUCGGGUUAAGUACUUAAUUUGUUCUGGAGGUCCGUACUUAACCUGAAACUGUUCUUAACCUGAAGCACCACUUUAGCUAAUGGGGCCUCUUGCUGCUGCCGCGCCGCCGGAGCACAAUUUCUGUUCUCAUCCUGAAGCAAAGUUCUUAACCUGAAGCACUAUUUCUGGGUUAGCGGAGUCUGUAACCUGAAGCGUAUGUAACCUGCGGUACCACUGUAUAGUGUUGGAGAAGGCUGUUUUUAUGGUCUAGUCUGAAGCAUCCUUGCAUAGAAAUAGAAAUUGUGAUAGGAGUGGAUGUUGCAGUUGGUUACUAGACAGUGUCCAAUGUUACUUGGAGUAGAGCCGUUGAAAUGAAUGGCCUUAAGUCUAUGGUUUUCAGCGGGUGGUAUUCUGAGUAUGACUGACGUUGGACACUGCCCUGAAGCAGGGAUGGAAAACUUCAGAUCCGGGGGCCAAAAGCAUCCCUCCAACUAACCCGUGAAUUCUCCAUAUGUCAUAUUCCUUACCUGUCCUACUUUGCACCCUCCUUGAGAAGUUGCUACUUGGCUAGAAUGCCAUUUUGAACUCUUAUAAUGCCUUUUCUUUUCCUGAAUAGAGGUUAGGAGUGUGUGUAUAAGUUAGUCCACCGUAAAAGUAAAAGGACCCCUGACAAUUAAAUCCAGUUGCGAACGACUCUGGGGUUGCAGCACUCAUCUCGCUUUACAGGCCGGGGGAGCCGGCGUUUGUCUUCUUCCUCAGACAGUUUUUCCCGGGUCAUGUGGCUAGCAUGAUUAAGCUGCUUCUGGUGAAACCAGAGCAGCGCAUGGAAAACCGCUUACCUUCCCACCACAGCAGUACCUAUUUAUCUACUUGCACUUUGACGUGCUUUCGAACUGCUAGGUUGGCAGGAGCAGGGACCGAGCAACAGGAGCUCACCCCGUCGCGGGGAUUCGAACCGCCGACUUUCGAUCGGCAAGCCCAAGCGGCACAGUGGUUUAACCCACAGCACCACCCGCGUCCCUCUACAGUGGUACCUCGGGUUACGUACGCUUCAGGUUACAUACGCUUCAGGUUAAAGACUCCGCCAACCCAGAAAUAGUACCUCGUGUUAAGAACUUUGCUUCAGGAUGAGAACAGAAAUUGUGCUCUGGCAGUGUGGCAGCAGCAGGAGGCCCCAUUAGCUAAAGUGGUGCUUCAGGUUAAGAACAGUUUCGGGUUAAGUACAGACCUCCGGAAAGAAUUAAGUACUUAACCCGAGGUACCACUGUACUGUACAAAGGUAAAAAUGAUAAGAACAUAAGAAUCUGCUGGAUCAGGCCAAAGGUCCACCUGGUCCAGCAUCCUGUUCUUGCAGUGACUGCUAACUGUGGAAGCCUUGUAGGAAACAAGAACACUCUUCUCUGCUGUGGUUUUCAGAAAUGGUAUUCUCCAAUCCAUGGAGGCACAGCAUAUCCAUCACGGCUAGUAACCUUGGCUAGCUUUCUCCUCUCUGAAUUUGUCUGCUCCUCUUCAAAAAACCGUCCAGGUUGGGGACCACUACAGCAAUUUCCAUAGUUUAACCACACUUUUGCCUCUGGCCCCAUCGCCCACUGGCAUGUAGCUCCUGCAAGAUUGCUUAGAAGGGAAUGCUGUCCUUGAGCUGAGAAAUGGUUAGCCAGUUGAGUCACAAUCUGCGACUUCCCUAAUACCUUAGGGCAGUUUGAGGAUAUUCUGUAGACCUGUUAAUAAUGGAGCUCUGCGCCUGAUUUAAAAGUUAAAUCCAUGAAAGAUGAUUAUUUAUCUGCUUGAUCCUGGCCUUGCUGGAAAGCAGCAACUUGAAAUGUGUGGUUUAAUAUAUUUUUUAAAAGGUCCUUAUCCCAAAGCCAAGAAUACUAAUACGUUUCAGAUUAUAUUGCAUUAUGGUUUCUAAAUUGAGAGAGAGAUGUUUACAUUGCCUUGCAUAAUGCAUCCAUUUCUUUUUAUAAAAAACUACCCUACUUAAUACAGACUUUGGAAAACUUUGCUGCCUUUUAAUAGGAGUUGUGUGGCCUGUAGAGACCAGCUGCAGAUCAGUGCUGCACUCAGGGCAGCAGGAAGGCAGACAAUUGCUUGGCACCUUUUCAAGGCUAAGUGGUCUGUGGACAAAGCUCUACUUCCCUGGGUCUUGUUUAGGCUUAAUUCUCACCCUUGCAUUUGUUGGUGAAUACCAGGAGUGGGGAACAUGUGCUGCUCCUUGAAGUUGUGGAACUCCCAUCAGUCCUAGCAAUCAUGGCCCAAUGGUUGAUGGGAGUUGUAGUUCAGCCACAUCUGGAGGGCCAAAGUUUCCCUUUAGUUCAUGAAUAGUAGUAGUAGUAAUAAUAAUAUUUUUUAUUAUUUAUACCCUGCCCAUCCGGCUGGGUUUCCCCAGCCACUCUGGGCAGCUCCCAACAGAUUAAAAACAGAAUAAAACAUCACAUAUUUAAAACUUCCCUAAACAGGCCUGCCUUCAGAUGUCUUCUAAAAGUCAAAUAGUUGUUUUAUUUCCUUGACAUCUGAUGGGAGGGCAUUCCACAGGGUGGGCACCACCACCGAGAAGGCCCUCUGCCUGGUUCCCUAUAACCUCACAUCUCGCAGUGAGGGAACCGCCAGAAAGCCCUCGGAGCUGGACCUCAGUGUCCGGGCUGAACAAUGGGGGUGGAGAUGCAGAAACCAAAAGAGAGCAGGUGACCUUUUAUUGUCCUUUUCAUGGUACACGCAUCCCCCCAUUUAGUGGGACUGCGGUGCCAGGCUGUUGGGCGAGCUCAGUGUUUCCUCAGCUUAAGUCUCCAGCUGUUUUUGGACUACAACUCCCACCAUCCCUAGCUAGCAGGACCAGUGGUCAGGAAUGGUGGGAAUUGUAGUCCAAAUGGAGAGCCAAGUUGGGGAAACACUGGACUGGAUGAUCCUCACCCUCGCAAUCUUGCUGGCCAAGCCUGCAUCAUCAAUAGUCAGGAAGGAUCUGAAUUGUGUUCUAGCAACAUUCGGAGGGACACAGUUUCACCAUGCCAGCCCUAUUAGGCAUAUAUUGGGAGCAACGGUGUUUGGGUUUUUGUUCUGUUUUUACCCCACACCCCCAAAAUUCUUAUACAGUGGUACCUCAGGUUACAGAUGCUUCAGGUUACAGACUCCGCUAACCCAGAAAUAUUACCUCGGGUUAAGAACUUUGCUUCAGGAUGAGAACAGAAAUGGUGCGGCCGCAGCGCGUCAGCAGCAGGAGGCCCCUUAACUAAAAUGGUGGUUCAGGUUAAGAACAGUUUCAGGUUAAGAACAGACCUCCAGAACGAAUUAAGUUCUUAACCUGAGGUACCACUGUAAAUCAAGUUCCUCCCAAGGAUAGAACUAGCUGAUUGAUAAAAGAAAACAAGCCCCUUUCUGUGAUUUCUCGGAGAGAUGUUCCCCUUCAUCAUGGCUGGUGUCAAUUUUAUGGCACAUGCAAAGCGAAGAUGGCAGUGGGGGAGAGAGUUCUGUCUCUCAUUAGAAGUGAUUUGUCCUGCUAAUCUCUCACUUCAGUGUGAGCAGACUUGCACUUAUUUCAUCCGGCCUGCCAAAAUUAACUUUCCCUCGCUGAGCGGCACUGGCAAGGCUGCAGAGAAGGGCCCGAAGUCAUGUUGCUUUUUGUGUUUGGAGCUGCUAGAUCAUUCUGCUUCCUGUUCUGGGGCAAAGCAGCUGUUUUCAGAUUGCUCUUUUUCUCUCUUCAGAGAGAACUCCUCGGCAGAGGAGUUGGCUACACAACAAAUUACUCAGAGAGACAAUCUCCAGCAUAUCCUCCCUCAGGGUUCUCAAACGGAGCUUUAACAUGAUUAAUGCCAAAAGAGGGAUUGUGAGUUGCUCCAGUGGAGUAGAAAGGGGCUGAAUUCUUGCUCCAAUCCAGACAACACUCAAAGCCAACUGCUCUCUUCCCCCCACCCCCCAAAGGGGGGGAAAAAUCCCCGCUGGUCUCAGCUGUGGCCCCCGGCUAUGCAUUUAACAGAUUGCUUGGCUGCAGCUGGUCUGCAGAUAGCCGUCGAAGUGAUUAAACCGAAGGAAACCAUUGGAAAAUUCCAGUCACCCAGCACCGGUGGGAACAUGUGGUGCUGAAAUAAUGAGGGUGUGUGUUUUGGGGUGGAGAGGAGGGAGGGGGUUGGGGGGGCAGGGCGGAUGUCAGGGCAAAGGGGUGUUUAAAACUCUCCUGGUGAAUUCACAUUUCACUUCUUUCAAUGUCCUGUCUUCUGCAAAGGUCUGGAUAAGUUGUGCAGACUAAUAGGCAACCUUGCAUUUAUCUUGUGCCGAGGACCUACUUUCCUUGUAGCACAAAUGGGGUGGCGAAAGCAAAAUGGGAAAAUUUGGUCUUUUGUGGAAUAAGGCUUUUGUUUUAAUGUCAUGGUGGGGGAGCCCUCCUGCGUACCUCUUUCCUCGAUUUCUUUGUAAUCUUGCCCUGGAAUACUUGUGUAGAUCUGUGGCCUUCCCCAGGAGGAGUGUCCUGUCUUCUGCAGCCAUCUUGGACAGCUAAGGAGGGGAGGGCAAUAACAGAGAACAGCCAGUCCCCCCAGGCUGAGUCCAGACUCCUCCAGCACACCAAAGAAAGAGCUCAGAAAUAAGAAAGGCUUCAAUGGAAGGAUCUGAAAAUCCCUUUGCCCCUGUGAAUGAGCAUAGGCUGAAAAGUGGAAGGGCAUUUUGUAACUUUCUGUUUCUGAGUUUGGAGGGUUUACUUCUUCUCCCUCCCCGACUUUGGCUUCCUGGAUUUUGGCGACACCCCAAUUCUGUCGCUUUCAGUGUGCCGAAAUUGGGCCUGCAGGCCUGGUCUGGGACCCUCAGGCAUUGCAAAGUCUGCAUGUUUCUCAGAGUGCUUUUCCUAGGGUUCCUAUGGGCUGCACGUCUCUCUCUCUUUCUCUCCAGGCAGCGUAUUUCAGUGCAACACGUUACUUGCCUUCAACAUUAUUUCUUGGUCCCCCACCAUCUGCUAAAGUUCUUACUGCUGCGUAGCUCUCUGAAAACUCAGGGUUCAGGCAACUUGUCUGUAUAGGAAUACCUGAAGGAAGCUUCCCCAAGCUUUAAUGUUCAAACCAGUACUUCACAAAGAACUAAGAGCUUCCCAAUCCACUUCCGCAGGGAUGGGGAGUUGGAAUUAUUAUUAUUAUUAUUAUUAUUAUUAUUAUUUAUUUAUUUCUACCCCGCCCAUCUGGCUAGGUUUCCCCAGCCACUCUGGGCGGCUUCCAACAACGAUUAAAAAUACAUUAAAAUGUCACACAUUAAAAACUUCCCUGAACAGGGCUGCCUUCAGAUGUCUUUUGAAUGUCAGGUAGUUGUUUAUCUCUUUGACAUCUGAUGGGAGGGCGUUCCACAGGGCAGGCGCCACUACCAAGAAGGCCCUCCGCCUGGUUCCCUGUAACUUCACUUCUCGCAGUGAGGGAACCGCCAGAAGGCCCUCGGCACUGGACCUCAGUGUCCGGGCAGAACGAUGGGGGGUGGAGACACUCCUUCAGGUAUACAGGGCUGAGGCCAUUUAGGGCUUUAAAGGUCAGCACCAACACUUUGAAUUGAGCUCGGAAAUGUACUGGGAGCCAAUGUAGGUCUUUCAAGACCGGUGUUAUGUGGUCUCGGCCCCCGAGGGUCAUUGAAGGAAUCUCAGCUAAAGUAGUUUAAACAGAAGCCCCUCCAACCGCUGCUUAAAAACCUCCAAGGAUGGAAAUUUGCCCACAACCUCCCGAGGGAGACCAUUCUACCAUUGAACAGCUUUUACAGUCAGAAAAUUCUUCAUGGAACAUUUGUGGGAGCGGGGGAGCCUGUCUCACAAUCAUUGCAGUGAAUCUUUCUUGGUUGCUCAGCAUGGGACAGGUGGUUGCCCUCAGAAAAAAAACAAAACUUGCUGCUUCGUCCCUCAGUGUCCCCAAACUCUUUUGACCACUCUGAAGGGGUGUUGUUUUUCCUACAGUUGACUCCUGGCCUGUAGCGAAACCUGAGGAGUUUGUCUUCACUAUAAGCACACUAAUGCACAUUUAUUUCAUGCCAUCUUUACUGUGGCAUAAAACUCUCUUUUUAUCACUCUGUAAAAGUAUCAUUCAAUAGUUCUGGAGUUUGAGCAUACUCUCGGUCCAUUAACUGGCAAUUCAGCUAGAACUUAACAAUACAGUGAGUUGCUAAUUCUUCUUUCCCUCAUGAACUGCUCCGUCUUGGAGUAGGAAGCCCAAGCGCUGGGAACGAACCUUUAGAAAGGUAGCAUGUUAACCUGCUUGUGAUUUCUAGAAUUUAGGACAGCCUUCCUCAGCCUGGUGUCUGCAGUCCAAAAAAUCUGGAAGGCAUCAGGUUGGGGGAAAGGAUCAUCUGAAAGUGUUUUUCAAACUUGGGUCUCCUGCUGUUGUGGGACUACAACUCCCAUCAUCCCUGGCCACUGCUCCUGCUAGCUAGGGAUGAUGGGAGUUGUAGUCCCAAAACAGCUGGAGACCCAAGUUUGAGGAAAAACUGGUAGAAGGUGUUGUUUGCACCGUGACAUACAAUUCAGAUACACCAUUUUGUGAUGCUCCAAGACUACUUUGGGGCAAGGUUGGUUUCUGUUUCAUUGAAUGUUGCAUGCUGAUAAUUGGACGGUGCUAAUGGUAGCAUCCUAGUGGGUGUUGAAUUUGGUGCCCGGCAGCGAAUGGAGUCUUUUUGAGUGGAAUUUAAACAGCUGCACGUAGCCAAGAGGUGUGUCGUGUCGUUCCCUGCUCUAAUUCUGCUCUUCUUGGCUCCCCUUUCCUUCUGCAGAUCACCAUCAUCUUCAAAUCUUACCAAGACUGCACAGAUCAGAAAGUGUACCAGGCCGUGACCGACGAUUUGCCUGCCGCCUUUGUCGACGGCACGACCAGCGGUGGCGACGGUGACACCAAGAGCUUGCACAUCGUAGAGCGAGUGAGCGGCAAGUAUGUGGAGAUGCACGCCCGGUACAUUGGGACCACGGUCUUUGUGCGCCAGCUGGGCCGCUACCUAACGCUCGCCAUACGCAUGCCGGAAGAGCUCGCCAUGGCUUAUGAAGAGAGCCAAGACCUCCAGCUCUGUGUGAACGGCUGCCCCUCCAGCGAGCGCAUUGACGACAGCGGGCACCUCCCUUUGCCCGUGAUGGGGCAGCUCCUCCCUCCGGGCGCUUCCAGCCAGACCCGGUCCGUGUACACCUUGGAGAGCGCCACGGCCAAAUGCCACGAGAAGAUGCUUCUGAAAGACAUCUAUUUUUACUCUUGUGUGUUCGAUUUGUUGACCACCGGCGAUGCCAACUUCACGGCAGCUGCCCACAGUGCCUUGCAAGACGUCGAGGCUCUGCACCCCAGGAAGGAGCGGUGGCACAUCUUCCCCGACAACGGGGCGGCUGGCCAAGGGCAGCAGCUUUUGUGUCUUAGUCUUGGACUCGUGUGCUUGAUGCUUGUUGUGUUUUUGUAGGGUUGUGUUGGGUUCCCCCAUCCCCGAGAACAAAGGUUUAAAAAUAUAUAUUGUCAUAAUAUAUUGACUUAAAGAUUAUAUAUGUAUAUACCAUGUAUAUGAAGGGAUGCUUCCGCCUUUCCCACCCCCUCCUCCUGGGACGCCCAGCGGAUUGUACAUAUUGUGUUAGUUUUUCUUUCCUCAUGUACGUUGGAUGUAAUAUUCUUUUUUUGAUUGUAAUAAUUUUUUGCUUUGCAGUUGGUGAAAUGUUUUAUAAUGUCCUUUCAUCAGGACCCGAUAGAAAGCACUUUAUUUUUUAUAUAUUGAAUAUUUAUGUGUAUCUAGGUAAUAUGUAAAGCAUUUAGCCACGUGUACAUACAUCAUACCCAGUGCUCCCUCUAAGUAUUACCUAGCUGAACUCACGAGCUUCUGCGGUCCUUUCCCCCUCCUCUCUCUGCUUCGCCUUUUGAGGCAAACACAAGAAGUUGGCUGGAGGGGGGAAGAUAGGUGCAGGCCUGGGAUGAGCUAAUUCUUCCUUUUGGACCCUGGGCCAGUAGCCAGCCUGUGUUCCAUAAGAACAAAAAGGUCAUUUGAUAUUGAUCCUCACAAUUGGAACCGCCCCUUGCUGCAUCAUUCCUGAUGCAGAUGUUUCCCGCCCCCUUCUCCUGAGGACUGCUUUCUUGUGUGUGAUGGGGAGGUGGUAUUUUGUGCUCUGGUAUUGACUCGCCAAGUGCAAAAUGCAUUUCUCGCCUCGGGUCAUGAAGGGCACGAACGUAGAAAACAGUGUCUCUGUCUCCUUCCCAAACGUACACGUGUGAAACCCAAAACUCACCGAGGUUUUUGGGGCUUGGUCUCUUAAUAUAUAUCGAUUAUAUGGAUAUCUUCAAGUGGUUUGUAUUAAGUGUGUUCCCUAUGAUAGUGGUAGGCCUCACUGGGUUAAUCAUGUCUGAUUUCUCUCUCUCCUCUUUGCCCCCCACCCCCCAAAAAAUGUAGGCACCUUCAGCCUACCUAAAUAAGUUUUUUGCAACAACUACAAAAAAUAAUAAUCCCAAAGCUUUGGAGAUAAACCUUUUAGAAUUCUGACUUUGGUGUUUGUCUAAAAAAAGGAGAAAAUAAGGGAACCCCCACAGUUUGGUCCAAAAAGCUUGCUGUGCCGGCCUGUAUUUUACGUUUGGAGCCUGAGCAGCCUAAGGCAACUGGAACAUUUGCUCAAAGAUUGCCUGGUCACCAUUCCCAGAUCUAGUUUUUUGUUUUUGUGUUUGCAACUUGCUAAAGUGCAGUAGCUUCUUCUGUUACAAAAUUCAGGCACCGAAAGAGAACAUUGAGGCACCUUUAAAGAUCUGACUGAUUUUACCAGAUUGGUGAUGCAAGCGGUAACCCACAAAGCCGCAGUCCACCUUAAACAUGUCUGGAUUCUACCUCCCACCAUUCCUGACGUCGGCCAUGCUGGCAGAAGCGGAUGACAUUGCAACAACAACUGGAGAACCGCAGCUUUUGUGUCUCGGGGUGCAGCUGUGAAAGUGUACGUCAUGUUAAAUUUUUGAGGUGCCCCAAGAUUGUUCCUUUCAUACGGCGCAGGCAAUCAUAUACACAUUUCAUGUUUAGAGGCUCAAUUCCCACUCCUGUGUUUUGCUAGAGGACCCUGUGGCAUAUUGCAGCUGCAGUUGGACCUACACCCAGCUCUUUUUCAAAAGGCUCUCUGCCAACGUUUUUCCUCCCCCCUAUGACCUCUUGAUCAUCCUGGGGGUGAGGAAGCUAAGAGUACUUCCCCCCUCUCCCUUUUUACCUAGGAAAGCCCACUGGGACACUUGGGAGAAUCUUUGAGCUCUAGGUUGGCAUCUAGGCGGGUAGCAAAACUCGCAUAGCAUCGAAGUGCCAACCUCAUUCCAGAUUUAGUGAGCAGAGGGGUAGCUGAAAUUGCUAAGUAAAGGAAGGUAUGGAGCUAGGGCUUAGCUGAAACUUCCCGAAAUAUUUUUUUCAAAAGAAACAAACUUCUGAACUCUGAUAAUUUUUGCUUCUGGAUAAUUUUUGGCAAAAUAACCUAGUCCUAGAUGAACAUGAAGAAUUUUGCCCAGGCCAUUUUAACUGGAGUACCCAGAGGUGCAACCUGACACAGACCUGUGGCUCCAUCCACCUGUUUCUUUGGCUUUUGUGGUCCUGGGCCAGAUUUCCUCUGUCUGAAACGCAGAUGGCAAUGACAAAGGCAUGAGAGUUGUAGUCAGCAACACUGGGAGGGAGCCAUGUUGACUAGCCUUGGGUUAGGCUAGGGGAUACAGGUGAGGAUUGCCUUGUUGGGAUGAGGCUAAAUGCCAUUUGUUCAGCAGAAUGAGCUGUGCACCUACUGACGCCCUUGGAAAAGAUGCUCCUUUUUAGAUUUGCCUCAAAUCUAAAACUUGGCCAUAAUAAAAUUGGCCUGCAUUGCAGGACCAGUUCAGGAAGUAAGAAGUACCGGAAUAAAGCCAAACAAAAGCUUAAUAAUAUUUGGUUCCCUUCGUGGGAAUCCUGAUCAGUUUUGGGAGAAGAAUAUUUACGUCCUUUUUUAUAUAAUUGUGGAAAAAGUUGGAAAUGCUUUCGGAAAAGUUCCUAAGUGAGGUGAAAAUGCUGGCCACUGUGCAAAUGAAUUGGGCUGGCACUCGGAAGUAUAGCGCUGAAUUUGCCGCUUAGUCCUCUUUUCCCCACUGCCAGAAUGGUUUUAAAAUGGCAAUUUUGUGUAAAGCUGUCCUUUUUUUUUUUUGUUGGUCAGGGCAGCACAGAAUUUGAAGCAAAACCUCCUCCUCCCCCUCCCCCUGAAUCUUGUCUGGAGAGAAGCGUUGAUGGUCUUAGAAUAGUUGGAUUUUCCCAUUUUUUUGUGUGCCAAGUGGAAAGGUAUUUGUGGAAGAAGCCCGAUAGACAAGCUUAGAGGUGUAACUGCUGUGUGAGCCCAUCGUAAAGAGCAGCUGUGUGCUAGCUAAUUUCCUGUGUUCCCAAGCCCCGCGAGUAUCUAUGUACACUAAUAUCUAAAUCAUAAAGUCCAGAGAUAAGUAAUAUUUCAGAAAUGUUAGAACCUGGAGUGUGUGGGGUUUUUCUUCUCUUUUCUUUCUUUCUUGUUCCUGCUGUGGGAUUUCUUGAGAAAAUGUUAUUUGCACAUGUUGGCUCUCGAAGUCCAUCACAGUCAAGAGAGCUUUGGUUAAUGCCAAACAUAUGGAUAGUUUGAAGCGAGCGAGUGGUGUCUGGGGACAGCUUGCGCUUAGAAGGAACACUAGUUUUCACAGACACUCCAAACGGCUGGCUGUCUCUCUCUCUCCCUGAAGGCUUCAAACUUAUUUUUAUGCUUGAAAGAAAGGGGGAGAAAGAAAGAAAGAAAGAAAGAAAGAAAGAAAGAAAGAAAGAAAGAAAGAAAGAACCCACAGUGUGCCCAGUCUUUGCAAAGCCCCCUUUAGAUGUGGUUCAUGGAUAUACGAAUAAGUAUACAUUUGUGUAAAAACAAAGAAAAACAAAGUGACCAUGCAGUGUACAAAUACUUUUAAAUUAUUAUGAUAGAAUAAAGCUACAUACCAUGUUGUGGAAUGUU